GCACCCUACCCCCAAAGCUCACCUCCACGUAUGGUCUUCAAAACUACCAUGAAAUUCUGAUCGGAGUCUCUGUGGCCUUCAUCCUGCUGCUCUUCCUCCUCCUCCUCCUCUUCUUCCUCCUCAAGCAUCGGAACAAACGCAGGAGGUCAGGUGCUUCGAACCUUGAAGUGAAGACCAGAGCACUGCAGAAAAGCUCCAGCUCCAUGGCUGAUGUCCAGGAGAAGAACCAGUGUGCCAGUAACUAUGGAGGAGAUGCUUCCAUAAGAGAAUCCCAACCUGAGGAGGACAGAAAGAUGAACAGCCAGGACACUCCAUCUGAGGAUGCCCAGGAUGUGACCUACGCCCAGCUGAAUCACUUAACCCUCAAACGAGAGACAACUGCACCCCCUCCUCCCCCGUCAGACCAGCUCCAAGUUGAGCCCAGCGUAUAUGCUUCUCUGGCCAUCCACUAGCCCAGGAGGGACUCAGACCUCCCACUCCAGAGAGGGGAAAUGCAGGGACCCCAGAAGGCAUAGGAGCUGCCCCCAUGGACACUCAGCUACUGACCUGAGCCUGUGGAUGUUAUGUAAGCAAGCAGGAUGUCAAGAGACCUUAGACGUCACCUAAUUCUGCAGAAGAAGAUAAAGAUGAGCUCUAUAUCUUUAGAAACAGAACAAUACACUUCUACAUAAUUAGUGAUCGAGAGAAGAAAAUCACAAAUGAAGAUAAAACUUUUUUUUUUUACUUAAAAGAUAAUGUGACUCAUAUUCUUACUUGAAUGGAAAUGCAGCUGUUACGCAUCAACUGGGAAAAUUAAGUACCUAAAUGGAGUUAUUAGAAAGAGAAGAAAGCCUGACACCCAGCCACCUAGGUGAGCAUUUAAAGAAGUCAAAGAAUAACAAAUGCAUCCCACCGCAGUGGAUGGAAGGAUAUAAAAAUUAUAAAAACAUAUAUUUAUAUGGAAAAGAAUAAAAAAA